UUUGGUAACUUUGAGCAAGACCUGGCUUUUCUCCAAUUUCAUAAAGGGGACACGGUCUUUUAUAUUUUGAGGUUGUUUAUGUUGUGAAUAAAGAGUUUCAUUUUCUUUUGAUCUCUAUUUAGUUAAUUUUUAUUCAACAUUUUGGCAGCGUUUCGAAAUGAGUAUUUGGACUAAUUCGAUCUAUUUGCCCAAAAUGAGCAACCGUUUUGUGAGUAAUUUAGGUAUCUAUGGAAAUUUAUCAUUACAAUCUUUCAAACUUCAUACCUUUCGUCCAAUUCGAUGCUUCUCUCAGACGCCUCGUGCAUGGAAUCAAGCCCCAGGCUCAUUAGAGACCGGAGAGCGAACAGGAUCUAGUAUUUUUUCUUCCCUACAAGAACAAUCUCAGAUAUCUUCUAGUAAAACACCUGAGCAAAAAUCACGUCCAUGGAAACGGAUAUCUACAAAGCGUCUUUUAACCAUGGAUCCAUCCCACACUCAUCAGUCGAAAAUUCUUCGCUCAUCUCUGAAAAAAGCAGGCAACCUGUGUCGCCAAAUUUCUAGAAAACCUUUUUACCAUGCUCUCUUACAAAUGAAGUUUUCCGAAAAACGUGUCUCCAAAUCUAUCGCUUCAGCUCUUGUGAAGGCUCGCGAGGAUGCCGUAACGAAGGCUGGUCUUGAUGAGAAAACUCUUUACAUAGAUCAAGCAUGGGUUGGAAAAGCUACUUAUUUAAAAAAACUGGUUACUCGAGGUCGAGGUGGCCAUGCUGUUCAGAGACGUCCAAGAGUUCGUGUAACCGUCCUUCUUAAAGAUGAGCGAGCUCUUUUACGUGAUGUAAAACGCCGAAAUGAUAGAAUCAACAGCCGCCGUGUGUGGUCACCCCUUCCCAAUCGCCCGGUUUACAACAAACUUAAUGCUUUCACUUGCUAAACCAUUUUCGCAGCGACAUCCAAGCGUGAUCUGAUCUGUUUUAAUUAUUAUCACUUUGUCUUUCGAGCUUCAACACAAUUCCCCUUCUUCCUCUAUGUGGUAAUUGCCAGUAGCUACAAGUAAACCAUGUUUACAAAAAUUUAAUUUCUUAUUUUAUUCAUCAUUGUAUCCAUCUUAAAUUAAUACAUUAAUUAAAUCUUUAAAUUACAGCUAUAGACGAAGUAAGCGUUUCCGCACGAACAAUAAAUCUUUAC